UGGAGCAUAUACCAUACCCACAUGGGUGAUUGAAAGAUAAACUGAGGUCCACACUCCAGUCUGUAGUGGUAAUGCACCUUAAUGUUGGUUGCCAACCACCAUAUAAUGUUCAAAGAAGAAGAAGCCUGAAGGAGGAGAGAUUACUAGAUUACUAGAAAUCCACCCUUUUAUCUGUGGAUUAAUUGUUGGAGUAGAGGACCUUGUGCCUUUCAGGUAAAAUAACAACCCAAUGUUUAUAUCCCAGGACAAAUUAUUUAACAACAGCAAGCUAGAUAAAUUGCCACGAAUGUUUAAUUAUUUUCGACAUGUUCCCAAAUUAAUAUAGUUGGUUCAGAAUUUUUGAUCUAAUGGAGUCUGGUAUGGAAUAAUUUCUCUUUACCUAAGUGAAUUGUUUAAAGGCGUUGCAUAGAGUGGCACAGCGGUCUACAGCACUGCAUCUCAGUGCUUGAGGUGUCACUACAGACCCUGGUUCAAUUCCACAACCGGCUGUGAUUGGGAGUCCCAUAGGGUGGCCCAGUGUUGUUAGGGUUUGGCCUGGGUAGAAUGUCAUUGUAAAUAAGAUUUUUUCUUAACUGACUUGCCUAGUUAAAUAAUAGAUCAAAUAAAAUGUAAGGGCAUACUUAAGAGGUUUUACAUUAGCUUGAAGCAAGUCUUUCUGCCAUACAAUCUUGUUUCCAUGGUGAAGCCCUGAUUCGCUGACUAAAGGGCUAGUCAAAGCAGGGUUGCCAUGUCGGCAGUUUUCUGCUAAUUGGGAUACUUUGAAAACAAACUCUUGUUGCAUACAUAUCCAGAUGAUCCUGCAUACUAUUUUGCGAUCCUGCAUACUAUUUUUAUGUAGGCCCUAACAGUUUGUGGACACCGUUUGUCAGCGUUAUCGUGAAAUGAAUGUAUUGUUUAGUGUUGUGUAGUGGGUUUGCUGGCAUGCAUCUAAAACACUUUUUUUUCAAGAGGUAGCCACAUCAUAUCCAUGUCAUCAACAGCAAUUUUCUCACUUUAAAGUACAUUUUAUUCCAGAGCUUAAACUGGGUCUGGGAAACCAGCCCUUAUUGUUUGUCAUUCCCUCACGACGCCAGGACAGCGGAGUCAAUCACCACCUUCCGGAGACACCUGAAACCCCACCUCUUCAAGGAAUACCUAGGAUAGGGUAAGUAAGGCCAUGGACAUCAUAGAUCCCAUCUUGGGCAUAGCGGAGAAGCUCUACUCUCUAUGUGGUGAAGUGAAAGCCAACAAGAAGCGAUGUCAGCGUUUGGGUAUGCGCGUAAAAGCCUUGGAAGAGCUGGUGAGGGCGGUAAAGAUGAAGGGGCUGGGGGAAUACCCUGCACAUGUGGAGAACGGCCUGAGUGAGCUCAAAUUCACCUUAGAAUCUGCCCAGGAUGUGGUUAAGAAAUAUGCCAGUGCCAACUACCUGAAGCGCAUCCUGAAGGCCUACGACCAGGGAGAUGAUUUUGAAAGUUUGAAUGAGCGCUUGAACGAUGCGGCUCAGGUGCUCUCGCUUGCCCUGCAGGUGGACCAGAGACAGAAGCUACAGCAGGUGUUUCAAGAGGCAACACGAUGGAGAGAGGAUGAGGAAGACAGAGAGAUUGAUUGUCUGGAGCUGCAAAAAUUGCUACAUUCUCUGGCGGAGGGCAACAAGGAAAGAUUGGACACAAUGCAUGAGAAAAUGGACUCUACCAAAAAGGAUGUGAAAGACAUCAAAGCAAUGUUGGAAACCUUACAGAAGCCCAGCAUUUUAAUUCAAGACAUCAGAGAGAUCAAACCAGAGGAGCUGACCUACGACAUGCCCAAAGAGCCCAUAUUAAAAAAUGACAACUCAGUUUUGUACAAAGGAGAGUAUAACAAAUUCACAGUAGCCAUCAAAAGAUACACCUACCCAAGGAGCACAAGCCCAAGUCAGCUGAGAAGCAUCUUCAAAAAGGAGGUGGAGACUAUGAAGCGCUUUGAGUCGCCAAACAUCCUGCGAAUGUUUGGGAUCUGUGUCCAGCAAGAGGGUGGUCCCAAUCCAAACUACCUUAUUGUGAUGGAGUUUUGUGAGAAGGGCAGUCUAAGAGAGGUGCUGGAUUCCCAAAGUAAGCUGCCCUGGGACAGAAGGGCCCGCAUGAGUCUGGAUGCAGCACAAGGCCUUUACAGAUUACACCAGUCUGAGAAGAAGUUUCAAGUGCACGGAUGCAUCAACAGCAGAAAGUUCCUAGUAGAUACCGGGUACAGAGUGAAGCUAGGAGGUUUGGAGCUGGUGAAAACAGAGACUUCGUUGAAGAAGUCUAAGGACCGGAAGAGCUGCUCCUUAUGCUACAGCUCCCCGGAGCAGCUUGAGAAUAUAAACAACCCCUACAACAAAGCCUGUGAGAUGUAUAGUUUUGGCAUUGUCCUAUGGGAGAUUGCAACCCGCGAGAUUCCCUUCAGAGACUGCUUACCGGAAGAGGUGUUAAAGAGGGUGAGUAAAGACAAAUAUACUGAACCUCUUCCUGAAGACUCCCCAAAACAGUUGGGAGAGCUGAUCAACGCCUGUCGCUCCUAUGACAGCUUCCACAGGCCAACGGCAGGAGUGUUGGUGGACAGGCUCCGCAAAGUGGUGGAGCAGUUAGAGGAGGACUAACAGAGUUUCCUCUCCAGAGUUCUCAGAAACUAGGCUGGAGAAGAGGAUUAACAAGAACAGUUCCAGUUUCAGCUCCAGUUUAAAGACAUCAACUGACCACCCCAAAUUCAUCAUGGGAUGAACAACACCACACCAACAGACGGUUGAUCAAGUGCCUGUGAUGUCAUUUAAGCCUAGUACAUUCUUACAUCAUUAGUCAGGAAUAACUUUGAUUGAAACUGUGAAAUGAUAUGCAAUUGAUUUGACAAACUAUUAAAGCAACACCAUCAAAUGUUUGCUACUAUGGUUCAAAGCUUUGAAAAUAAAAUAUUUAAUAAUGAA